AUGCCUAACAAACUCUUCGGGUUUCCACCACUAGAUUUCUCUAGUGGUAAGAGCGACCACCUCGGAGCCAUUCGGGCUUUGAUGCCAGGUCCUCUUCCCUCUCCCAUCGGAUACGAGCGGUCUAGCGAUGGGACCAGAUGUCCAGGACAGAGCUCCGCUCCAGGUAACGCCUUAGGACCUGCUUCUUCACAGGAUGUGCCAGAUAGCCCGGAUACCAAUGGGCUUGUGGACUCGGGCGUACAGCUACCCUCUCCCACAGACGAUAAAGACGAGAUCCAGAAUUUACGUGACAGCGAGCCUCUCCUACCCUUGGUCCAACAAAGAGAGCUCUUCAUCAUCUACCUACCAUCAAUGACCAACGAAGAACUCGAGCAAUUCUGGAAACCCAUAGAUAACAGCGGCAACAUGCCUUUCUUCAGAGGCGGUCCCACUGUUCCGAUUGAGAUCAGCAGACGACUCUACGAUCUAGGCGUCCACCAUCCCGGUCAACUUUUCGAUCCGUAUGCCUGUGCUGCUUUGCGACUGGCUUUGAAUACUUAUAUCUCGUUUGCCUAUCAUCCGAUGGGUCGGGUCGCAUGGUGUGUCAGACAACGACUGCUGCAAGAACAAUUUUGGAGAGACGAGCAACGGCGCAGAGACGAAGAGCGACUGAGACAAGAGGAAGAAGAAGAACAGUGGAGGGAACAACAAAGACUCCGACGAGAGGUGGAGGAACGAAGAAGAGAUGAGCACUUUAGAAGACUGAGAAGAGAAGAAGAUUUGCGCAGGCAGAGAGAAGAAGAUGACAUGGAGAUAAUCACUGCGGAACACGAGCAGAGGAUGAGAAGACCAGACCUACUGACCGAUAGAUACAAACGUCCAGAGACCGAAGAUGCGAGAGAACAUUGCAUGCGCCAAUACAUGGAAAUGCGGUCAAAGCGUGCGAUCCACAGGUGCACGAAUGUACCCUGCUUCGAAGAAGCCUGUACGAUUGAUCUGCCGGCAUCUACAGGAUGCCGCUAUGCUGAUACAUUCCACUCGGAUCCAAAUACAAACCCUUGUAUCUGGGGUUGGGGUUUGAUGCUGAGGAAGGUCAAGCAAGAAAUUGAUUUAACGGUGGCGAGAACGGCAGAUCUUGACGACAUAGCGGAAUGGUAUCGUGACCAACGCAGGAAUCAUCAGAGGUUCCACGGUCCGGUAUUGGUCACAGAUCCACCAAAUGCUCCUGAUAGGAACAAAUGCCAUUGGGUCGUCGCACCGCCAGCGCAGAACAGAUAG